GGACACUAUGACAGGUGAUGGAGGAGAGUAUCUGAGACCGGAGGAUCUCAGAGAGCUGGGUGAUGACUCUCUGCCCGGACACUACCUGGACAGCUUCAGCUACAUGAGCCACAACCUGGACAGGCCGCAGCUUACUCCCAUUCACCAGAGUUUCCAUCAGAGAGAGGGAGUUCUCAUCGAAGACAUGCUGACAAGCCACCAGGUGUCAGCCCUGUCCAGAGAGCAGGAUAAGGACUCGUUCCGUCUGAGCUGGGGUGCUGAGCACCUUGAUAAUGUGGUGCUGUCCUCCAGUCUGCUACACUCUGGCCGUUCUUCUCCGUGCCUAGACCAUGACAACAGCAGCUUCCUUGUCAGCUUCAUGGUCGAUGCCAGGGGUGGGGCCAUGCGUGGUUGCCGUCACAAUGGCCUUCGAAUCAUUGUGCCACCAAGAAAGUGUUCUGCUCCCACGCGAGUGACAUGCAGGCUGGUGAAGAGACACCGUCUGGCCUCUAUGCCCCCAAUGGUGGAGGGUGAGGGGCUGGCUGGUCGAAUCAUUGAAGUGGGGCCCACUGGAGCCCAGUUCUUGGGUAAGCUCCACCUUCCCACAGCUCCGCCCCCUCUAAAUGAGGGUGAGAGCUUGGUCAGUCGCAUCCUGCAGCUGGGUCCUCCAGGAACCAAGUUCCUCGGGCCUGUGAUCGUGGAGAUCCCCCAUUUCGCAGCUCUGCGGGGAACAGAGAGAGAGCUAGUGAUCCUAAGGAGUGAGACAGGGGAGAGUUGGAGGGAACAUCACUGUGACUUCACUGAAGAGGAACUGAACCAAAUACUUAAUGGCAUGGAUGAAAAACUUGAUUCCCCUGAGGAGCUUGAGAAGAGAAGAAUCUGCCGCAUCAUCACCCGCGACUUCCCACAGUAUUUUGCGGUGGUGUCACGGAUAAAGCAGGACAGUCAUUUGAUUGGACCAGAGGGCGGGGUCAUCAGUAGCACUCUUGUGCCACAAGUCCAGGCGGUCUUCCCUGAAGGAGCCCUCACCAAAAAGAUCAGAGUUGGACUACAGGCUCAACCCAUUGAUGUUGAAGUGGUGCGAAAGAUUCUUGGUAACAAAGCCACAUUCAGCUCAAUUGUCACAUUGGAGCCACGAAGGAGAAAGUUCCACAAACCAAUCACAAUGACAAUCCCUAUUCCCAAGAGCUCCAAUAGUGAUGGCCAAAGCGGAGUAUACAGUGGGGAGGUCCCUACUUUACGUUUGCUUUGCAGCAUUACAGGUGGGACCACUCCUGCUCAAUGGGAAGACAUCACUGGCUCCACGCCUCUCACCUUUGUUAACCAAUGUGUGUCCUUCACCACAAAUGUGUCAGCGAGGUUCUGGCUAAUAGACUGCAGACAGAUCCAGGAGUCUGUUAGCUUUGGCUCACAGCUGUACAGAGAGAUCAUCUGUGUUCCAUACAUGGCAAAGUUUGUCAUUUUUGCUAAGACACUGGACCCUAUCGAGGCCCGCCUGCGCUGUUUCUGCAUGACAGACGACAAGAUGGACAAGACCCUGGAGCAGCAAGAGAACUUCACUGAAGUUGCCCGUAGCCGAGAUGUUGAGGUGCUAGAGGGAAAACCCAUAUUUGCUGACUGCUUUGGAAACCUGGUGCCUCUUACCAAGAGUGGACAACACCAUGUGUUCAGCUUCUAUGCUUUCAAAGAAAACAGACUGGCCCUCUUUAUCAAAAUCAGAGACACAGCACAGGAGCCAUGUGGUCGCUUGUCCUUCACCAAGGAACCGCGCACAUAUCGUACUCUUAACCACACUGCUAUCUGCAACCUUAACAUCACUCUCCCAACAUACUCAAAGGAGUCUGAUUCCGACCAAGAUGCAGAUGACGAGAGUGAAAGAAGUGAUAAAAAAUUGGAUUGGCAGGAUGAUGCUGACAGGAAAGAGGAGACAUUAGCUAUCGUUGCAGAUCUUCUUGGUUUCAGCUGGACUGAACUGGCAAGAGAACUGGAAUUCAGUGAAGAUGAUAUUAAAUUAGUGCGAACAGAGAAUCCUAAUUCCCUCCAAGAGCAGAGCCAUGCCUUGCUGCAGCGCUGGGUUGAGCGGGAAGGCAAACAUGCCACAGAGGACUGUCUUAUUAAGAGACUAACCAAGAUCAACCGCAUGGACAUUGUCCAUCUCAUUGAAACCCAGAUGAACAAGUCAGUUCAAGAGCAAACAUCUAGAACAUAUGCAGAGAUCGAGAAGACACUGGAUCACAGUGAAGUGUCAGUAGCCCUAUCUUUAGUUCAAGAGGAUGCAGACAGCCCCCAAAUCGUAAGAAGGGUGGAGUCAGACCGCAGACCACCCCCAGCUGUUUCUGAAGAGGACCUAUCUGUUGCUUCUCUACUGGAUAUUACUUCCUGGGCAGAGCCUGCUGGACACACGCACUCAGAGAGCAUGCAUGGUGACCUGUUGGAGGACCUUGAGAUCCCACAUGAAUUGAACCCUAACCUGUGGACCUCUGAGGAUUUUAUUACACAAGAACCUACAAGUAAUGAUCAUUCUAAUGAGCAAGCUGAUGAAAUGCCUGAAUUCCCCUCUCAGUCAGUGAUGGAAGAAACGUACAAAGAUGAAAAUGGACAUACUGUUGUCAAGAAGGUUACGCGUAAAAUAAUUCGCAAGUGUGUUUCCGCGGAUGGUUUGGAGCAUGAAGAGGUCUCAUCAGAGGGCGCUCCACAGGAGUCCAUCUGUAUGGCCGAGGGAGAUGGAUACUCUAAGGUUGUAAAGCGGACUGUACUAAAGAGUGAAGGAGAUCAAACAGAGGUAACAUUUGCAGAACGUGGAGGGUUUUCAGCAUCAAGUCAGGGGGCAGCUGAAGGUUGUAAGGUCAGUUGCAAGGAAAAGACAAUGAUGGUGGAGGGGGAAAGGCAAAUGACACACCACGGUGAUCCAUCUUUGGCCUCUGACCUACCCUCUGCCCAGGAUGACUUCAAACAGGCACUAGGUUAUAUAAGUGGUUUUAGCAGAGCAGAGCUCCCUCAUGUGGUAGAGAGAGAGACUGUCAAAGAAGAUGGAACGGUUGUCAGGAGGGCCCGCAUGCGUAAAGGUUGCACCCACAGGCGAACAGUCAUGAAGGAGGCUGGGCAGCGCAAACAUGUCCUUCUAGAGCAAGUGAACAACCCUAGAAAAGGGUCAAAACCAAACGACCUCCAGCAGCAUCUCCACCAACUCUUUCACAGCUACUAUAAAAAAGAAGAGGAGGACAACCAUGAGAAAAAAGAAGAGAAGGAAGAGUAGAAGAGUGUGUAACCCUUCACAAGACCCUUGCUCUGCCCAUGCUAAAGUCCCAUCCUAAUCCUAUGCAUAAGCCACAUGCAAUCCCAGUGUGCACCUCAAAGCUACCACUAUCUUCCCAUUUUAGUCCUGGAAUAUGAUCAUUUCAUCACAAUUUGUUUUGCUUUCAUGUUCUGAUGUUGUUUUGCAUUUUGGUGACCAAAGAAAGCCUUCUGUAGUUUCCCUCAUUCGUUGUACUUACCAUGUCAUUUGUAUCUUGAUGCUGUGGCAGAACUACAUACAAAACACAAUGAAAAAAUAGGAAUACUUUCACAUCCACUAACUCACAAACCUCCUGAAGGUAAAGACACUUUACCUGCAAAAUACUGAUACUAUACUCUUUAAGUAGGUGCUUGGACUGAAAGACAAUAUCUCUCACACUGCACUGCCUCUCACAACCAGAGUUUCUCAGAUAUUCCUUACUAGAAAAUGAUCUCACUCACUCACUAGCCUCUUGCUCUUUUGAUUCAGAUGUCACACAGAGAAAACCAGACUGUAUCGACAGUGAAAUGUACUGCUGCUGCUGCUGUGUUUUGUGCAGGCUAUGUGUAAUCUGUCUUUGGGAAUUAUAUAUUAUCUAUAAUCUAGACAUCACUGACAUCAGUAGCUAGUAAUUAAUAAUCACUAAUGUAAAGUAGAGAAGGCAUGACUAAUCAACAUCUGUCAUUAUGAUCCUAGCUUUGACUGCUUUGUAAUUCAAUGUCUGCCCUUCUGCAUCUCUAUCCCUUCCUCAUUGUUCUAUCUUUCUGUGUUUUUAUGUUUGGCUUUUAUUUAUUCUUUUGGGCCUUUUUUUCCUUAAAUUCUUGUCUUGACUCACACUGUAUGAAUCUGUGAGUGAUGUUGUUCUGUGUCUGUUUAAGUGUGAGCUAAAGAGAUAGUAUUGUCAGAAUUAUUAUAGGCUUAUUUUAAACUAUGUUUUUCAAGAUGUUUUGGUUUAUUUUUGUUCUUGAGUUAAGUUUACUAGUAAUUUUCGAUUACCAGCCUAAUUAAUCUCUAUUUGCCACUGGUGAAUACAAUCAUCAUAGGCGUUUUAGAGUCACUUGUCUGAUAUGGCAAUUGGUUUUGGUUCUAUUUAAUUUUAGAUGUGAAUAGUUGAUCUUUUGAACACGUUUUGGACCAGUUUUUGGUAGUUGUGCUCCACUGUUUUUGAGUGAAUGGGUCUGUGUGUGCCAGUUUCUGUCAGCAAAGAAAAUAAACAACAUUAUUUUUACACUUAUUUGCACUCCUGUAUGUCAGGAAGGAGUACCUCCAUGCUUUUUGUGUACAGGAAAUAUGGUAAAGUUAGCCACAGAGAUAGUUUCAUAUUGGCUGGGCAGAUGAUCAAUUAAACAUGAUGAUACACAAGGCACACGCGCAAUGAGGCAGGUUGACAGCUUAACCAUACCAUUAUUCACAGCUCAGAGCAUCGCUACUGUAUGUAUCUACAACAUGUAAUGUAUUUAUUUCACUCUCACUGUUUACGUCGUGAUUUGGAAAAUGUUAAAUGCAAACUAGUGGAAGUUCACUGUGACAGGUAUGCUUUUAAUUUUGAAGAAUCAGCAUCCCUUUUCUGUUAUGAUGCCAGUUAUAUAAAUAUACAAUGCAUAUAUAAAUAUCUAUAAGGGCAUGUAUUACUGUAUCAAAAUGCAUAUAGACAAAAACGAAAUGGCUGCAGUGUGUCUAUGGCUGAUAGAGAAUAAAAGUCUACCAAUGUAAA